GAACGCAAGUUAUGCACAAUCUCCGCGGACGACUGCGAGUUGCGAGUUGCCUACAAGUUUACUUUAUUCAGAUCAGUCAUACGUGUGUUCAGUUGAUUGACCUGAAAUAAAUUAUUGGCAAAUUGAACAUUACUAAUUAAAGAAAAUUCUUCCACAGAGAAAAGAAUGUUCAACGACGACUAAUGGGAAAAACUUAUUGAAUGGUACGAAAAACGACUAAUUGAUGAUCAUCAUCUACGUAUGCCAAGAAAACUUCCCGAAAUUGCAGAUACUGAUUCCACUGAAAAGAUGAGUGAAAAUAACGAUGAGACAAAUUCAGAUUUAGACGAGUCAAUAGAGAGUGCGGUUGAUAAUUUAGAUGUGGACAAUUCACAAAUUUUGGAAAAGGAAAAAGAAGAGAAAGAAGAGAAAAUUGAAAAAGAUGAGAACAAAAGAAGGUGCGAAGAAGAGCAAAGACGAAAAGAAGAGUUGAGAAUGAGAGAAUGGAAUCAGAUGACCCAGCAAAAUCGUGAAGUUUUAGAUCAGAUGCGAAAACAGGAAUUUAAGAUGGGAGAACUGAUGAAAUCAGUAACAAAGUUGUGCCAGCUGUCAAUUCAAUCAAUAGACCAAUUGGCAGAAACUACAAACUUAAUGAAACAACAAUUGAUAUCAUUUCAAGAAGAAAGAAAAAAUGGUAAAUCAAUUGAAACUAUAAUCAAUAUGGUGAGAGAUGACUACCUACUCAACGAUUUUAAGAUGAGCAAAAUUAUUUAUUCUAUGACAGAAUUACAAAAACAAGUGUAUAGUGAUUACAAUCAGGAUGAGGCAACGAGAAAACAAACGAUGAGUACCGAAACCAAAGACGUGAGGGCAGUAAAUUACGCGAAGAAAGAGUCCGUUAGAUGCUACAAGUGUCAGAGUUCCGGCCACAUAGCAUCAAACUGUCCAAACAAAAGCAAGGGCAUUCUAUGUUACAAAUGUAACAGGUUUGGAGACCAUAUUGCGACGUCAUGUCCAUAUGAUCCGACACCGUCAACAUCUUAUGGUUCAAGAGGACGAGGAAAUUUAAGGAACAAACAAUUUAAUAAUAAUUAUGAUGUGCAAAAGAGAGCACAUAAAAGACGAGCAAAUGAACAACCCCCCUUAAUAGCAAAAAGAAGUCGUUUUAGUCCUAGAGGUAGAAGUGGUAGAAGUAGAAGUGGUUUCUCAAAUUUUGGUAAUAACUACAAUUAUAACAAACAAAAUUUACAAAACAAACAAAAAGGAAAGGAUAAACCAUAAAAACAACAAGAAGUGAAAAAUAAAAAAGGAACUAAUUAAGCUGAGAUCCAGAUGAGAGAUGAGUCAAGAUGCAAACAGGAGGGAGUAUUGGAAAUUUGGUGUGUCCGCCCCUGAGCUCAUUUGAAAUAGUUCGUGAACUAUGCGCUGCUGUGUUGCGCGCCACCUCAAGUAUUACUAUAUUACGUUCUUUAAAAUACAUUACUAUAAUUUCAUGAUCUCAAGAUAAAUGUGUGUAUAAGUUAGACUGU